AGUUGAAAGGAGCAACCAGCAGUUGGAAAAAGAGUUUCUGGAAUGAUGGAGGAGCCUUUCACAGAGGGAGAGUCCUAUGCCAAGAAUUUUCUUCCCAAACAUUAUCUGGAAACAUAUUAUAACGUUAACCCUGAUGAUGAUGAUGAAGGAGUGGGUCGGUUGGUAACCUUUUUCCUGAGAGGGGCUCACAGGGCAUUCAUCGUAGAUGGCAUCAAGGGAGACACCCUGAUCGACAUUGGCACCGGCCCAACCAUCUACCAGUUCCUCUCCGCCAAUGAGUUCUUCCGGGAGAUCAUAGCCACUGAUUAUACUGACCAGAACCGGAAAGAGGUGCAGCGAUGGCUGAAGAAGGAGCCAGGGGCUUUUGACUGGACCCUCAUCGUGAAAUACGUCUGUGAGUUGGAGGGAGACAGGGACAAAUGGCCAGAGAAGGAAGAGAAAGUCCAAAGAGCCGUCAAGCGGUACCUGAAAUGCGAUGUGACCCAACCCAACCCGUUGUCCCCCUUGGUUCUUCCUCCCGCAGAUUGUCUGGUUUCCAGUUUGUGCCUUGAUGCAGCUUGCAAGGACAUCCCCAGCUACCGAUCGGCCUUCAGGAACAUCAGUUCCCUCCUGAAACCAGGGGGGCACUUCCUAUAUUACACAACGCUUGAGGGAGAUUUCUACAUGGUGGGCCAACACAAGUUCUCUCUCCUCUACUUGGGGAAAGAGAUGGUAGAAGAGGCAGUGAGGCAGGCUGGCUUUGCCAUUAAGUGGAUUGAGGAGACCAGGAUCAACUUCCCACCUUCUCUAACCGAUGUGAAGAAGUUGUGUAUCCUUCUUGCCCAGAAAUGUAGCCCAUGAAAAUUUGACAGCUGGGUUAUAUCAGUUUUAUUCCUCCAUUUUUAUUUUAUCAUAUAUGAGUCCUUAAUAUAAAGUCCAAGUCAACUUACUUAAGCAUAAUAACAGUACUAAUAACAAUAUUUACUCAUAUAUAAUAGUAUUCUUCCAACUUCUCCUUUCUACCUUUGUUGUUGAACCAUUGGUAAAACAAAUCCCAUGUUACAAAAUAUUCGGGCA